AUUAAUAUGGGUAAUAAAGCAUUAUGUUGUUCUGGCUCUGAUCAUUUUGGGAGUAAUUCAAAAAUGAGUCUAUAACCUAAUGUUGCAGCUCAUGCUUCAUUCGCUGGUUGUCAAAUAAAGUUAAGUUAUAGCAAAUUAUUGUUUAAUGAAGAUGUCGACACAAUAGUUUUAAUUGUAAGUACAAGAUUAAAAAUGGGAUAAAAUAUGGAUGAUCUUCUAAAGUAUAACUAUUGUUUAUAAAUUAGAAAAUAUGGAGGAUAGUCUGUAUUGAAUGAACUAAAAUAAGUUCGUUUAAAUGAAGGUGGAAAACUUGAAUUAGGUUAAGUAGUGUAUACUCAUGCAGGAGAUGUAUAAAUAAAGACAAUAAUUAUAGAUGGACUAUGAUUACAUUAUAUAUACUGUAUUAUCAAGUGGUUGUGAGACUACAAUGAUGAUGCCGAAAAGUUCAUAUACUACUGAUGGUUCGACUGAUUUUUAGCCAACAGAAUCUUUAUAAGAAGGUUUAAGAUAAUAAAUAGAUGGAGUUCAUAUAUAUACUGAUAAAAUGAAUGAUUCAUAAUAGACUCAUGAAAGACAAAAUAUUUAUGAAUGCAUGAUUAAUUGUCUUUAAUUAGCAACUAAUUUAGGAGUCAAAUCUAUUGCAUUUCCUUUGUUGGAACCAUUUAAUGGACAUAUUUCUAAAUCUAAAAUUGCUGCUAUUAUGUUAUUUGCUAUCAAAUAAUUUCUAAAAGAUAACUCAAAAACAUCUUUAGAAGAAAUUAAAAUUAGCUCUUAAGUAUAUCUAUUAAUUUAAUUUUACUUUAGGAUACUUCAGUAAUUAGAUUAUUUAAAUAUAUAAUUAAUCACAUAUUGUGUGAUAAUUCAGAAACCACUAUUGAUCCCAAAAAUAGGUCAGCAUUAAAAUAAAAAGACUUAAAAGCAAGUUCUAUUUACACUAGUGAAUAUGAUGAAAAUGAUUAAAUUGAUUAAAUGAAAGUUGAUGAUCUAAUGAAAUUUUUCCACGCCUAUGAUGGCGGAAAAGAAACAAAUAAACGUAAAAGCUCUUUUUGA